CAAGAUUAAUGCCUUAUAUUCCUGAAAUACAACACAUACACUGUCACCAAACGUUUUUAACCUUUUCUGUCUUUCUUCAUUUUAGUGUCUUCAAAAGGCGGAUACAUGGUCAUGAAAAAGACUCAGGUAGCUCUGGAAGCAGCUAUAAUAUGAAUCAGAUUGUGGGUAACCUGCAGUCUGAGUCCUCACCUGUCUUAGUACAAGACAACGGGACCCAGACUGAGAGUUACACCGAAACUUACAGACGGAGAGUAGCGACCAGAGAUACUGACACCCGACAGACCAAAAGGACCAAGGCCAAAGAAGGUAAUUACUGCCUCUGAGCAAAAACUAAAUCAGAUUAUUAUACGAGGAAUAUUAGUUUCUAGUCAUUUUUGUCUUUGUGAUAAAGCUCUAAACAUUUGGUUUGUUUUUUUCUGCAGGAAACAAGUCAUGGAGUCCUCCUUGGAUGCGGAUCAUUUUUUUCUGUCUUUUCAACCUGUUUAGUUAUGGUAAGUGACCUCAAGCUCCAAGAUACAAUUAUAGCAUUGACAGCUGGCAUUAUUAUUUUUUUUAAUUUUUAAGUCUGUGAUUUGUGAAGUGUAAGAUUUUUAACAUGUGUGCUUUGUGUCCUACAGUAACCACCAAAAUAUACAUCGACCAGACAAUCGAGCAAGGCAUAAACAGAUAUCUGGUUGACACCAUGCCAAACUUUGCUCUGGAGUCACAAGGUAUGCCAUCAUGAGCCCCCCCAUUCAUUUUUGACACUAUACAAAAAUCAUAAUUUUGCUUUGAUCUAAUGCUGAGGGUCAAGCUUAAAAUUAUUAAUAGGUCUCAACUCUUUGCAAUGCCUUGGAAAUUGUUUGGAACUUGACCUCUAACUUUUCUUUCUUUUUGUUCUCUUAGGUGCUAGAGUGUUAGAAGACUUAUCUUCAGACACCUAUAUGGGCAAGGAAAACCCUAGCCAGAUAUGUAAAAAGAAACUCUACUGGUGGUGUUCAAAUAAAAAAUAUAGGACAGUCAUACAGGUAAGCAACACACAGCCAUGACAAUAUUUUGUUUAAAUAUACAUUUCAAAUAACAUUGUUAACAGUCAAAGUUGUGGAACUUUUCAGACUUAAAUAUUUAUCUUUCUUUUCUUUCUAUCUUUCCAUCAGGCCAAACCAUUUCUGAAUCCAGGUGAGUGCUGGCCUUUUGCAGGAGACCAAGGACACUUAGUGAUUUCAUUGUCUCACGCAGUCCACAUCAGUCAUGUGACUCUUAGCCACAUGGCAAAAAGCCAGUGCCCACAUGGAACCAUAUCUAGUGCUCCAAGACGAUUCUCAGUAUACGUAAGUCAGAUAUAUUCCUGUCAUUAUCCCACUUAUACUGAAUACAUACCUCAUUUACAUGUUGAUAUCCACACAAUGUACAACAAUAUACUGAAGUGAUCUCUUUUCUUUUUCCUUUGUAGGGAAUGACAACACCAAAUGAAGAAGGUGUCUUCCUAGGAAAACAUGUUUAUGAUUCAAAUGGUGCAGUACAUCAAAGUUUUCCUAUACAGAACCCAGACGAAGGUGUCUACAAAUUUGUGAAGCUGAAGAUAGAGAGUAACUGGGGGAACACUGACUACACCUGCCUCUAUGGCUUCAAGGUGCAUGGUAAACUUCACCUGUGAUCUUUUCCAGAGUGAACACAGUGUAGUGAACACUGUAUAUAUAUAUAUAUAUAUAUAUAUAUAUAUAUAUAUAUAUAUAGUUUCUCUCUCCCCUUUUAUUCUCAGUCUUGCAGAUACACAUAGGCUUCUGUGAUUGAUG